CGCCGCCUAGCCCCGCCCGCCCGCUUGCUCCCCUUUCGCGUUGAUCCCUUCUCCGCUCCUCUGGCUCUCUCUCCACAGGUACCUGCCCGGUCGCCGCUUCUGCGAUCUCCCGGCUCUCCUGCAGCCUUUGCGAUCGGCCCAGGAGGAUCAAGGCAAGAAGCGCCUCUCAGCCAGCAGCGCCUCCGGUCCCGGCGAUGAAGAGCGCGCCUCCCUGGGCUGGAAGAAGGCGAGUUCCCCUCGGCUGGGCGGAUUUGCCCCGCAGUGAUUGAGGCGGUGGAGAGCGAGGACUUGGGAUUGGAGCCAAAGGCCCCUGGGCCUGAAGAGCUUGAUUUCCAAGCAGACAGCCGAGCAGCUUUGAUGAUUGAUUGCUUUUGAAAUGGCGAAAAAAGAUGAACUUAAAGCAUGCAGCUGGACUCUGCCUAAAGCCAUGGCAGUGGGAGUCAGCACCUUCCUGCUGUUGGCUGGAAUCGGAGCUGGGAUUUGGGCAAUAGUGGUGUCUGUGCUUGGGAGUGAAAAGGAAAGCUUAUAUGCGGUUCAGGUGAAUACCGAGGACCUGCGCCUGACCGUGUAUGAUGAGACUGAAGGGAAGUGGAGACUCCUUUGUUCUUCUUCAUCUGAUGCCCAGGUGGCAGCUCUUAGUUGUGAGGAGAUGGGAUUUGUCAGAUCUCUCUCCCAUUCAGUCCUGGAUGCAGACACUGUAGGUGCCAACGGAACAUCAGGCUAUUUCUGCGUGGAUGACUCUCGCCUGCCUUUUGUGAGAAAGCUUAGAGAGGCCAUCGGGGUGUGUGAUUGUCUGACAGGCCGGUUCCUGGCAACUCUCUGUCAAGACUGUGGACGUAGGAAGUUAUCCGUAGACCGGAUUGUAGGUGGCCAAGAUGCCAGUUUGGGUAAAUGGCCCUGGCAAGUCAGCCUACGCUACGAUGGGACACAUCUUUGUGGCGGCUCCAUCAUCUCAAAGGAAUGGGUAGUUACAGCAGCUCAUUGCUUUCCAGAGAGGAAUCGUGUGGUGAGCCGCUGGCAAGUGUUCAUGGGUGCCAUAUCUCAACAAUCCACUAGGGGGCUGCAGAUGGAUGUGGCCGGCAUUGUGUAUCAUGGUGGGUACAGGCCCUUUGUGGAUCCCAAUAGUGAGGAGAACAGCAAUGACAUUGCCUUGUUGCGCUUGGCCACACCACUCUCCUUCAAUGAAAUUAUUCAGCCCAUCUGCCUCCCAGCAUUGGGGCAAACUUUGGUGGAUGGCAAGAUCUGUACUGUGACAGGAUGGGGCAACACACAAUACUAUGGCCAACAGUCUGAUGUCCUUCAAGAGGCCAGUGUCCCCAUCAUCAGCACCAGUGUCUGCAAUGGCCCCGAUUACUAUGGCAGUCAGAUAAGGCCCAGGAUGUUCUGUGCUGGUUUUGCAGCUGGAGGCACAGAUGCUUGCCAGGGUGACAGUGGUGGCCCUUUUAUGUGUGAAGACAGUAUUUCACAAGUGUCACGUUGGCGGCUGUGUGGCAUUGUCAGCUGGGGCACAGGCUGUGCCCUGGCCAAUAAGCCUGGUGUCUACACCAAGGUUAACGAUUUCCAUGGGUGGAUCCACCGCACAAUGAAGACUAACUCCCACAUUAGUGGGUUGGUGAUUGAGAAAUGAAAUGCAUGGAACUGGCCUCCUCCCUUUCCAGUGAAUUGCUGCUUUAAAAAGAAGAAUCAAGGAAGAAGAAGAGGGGGGGGGGAGGAGAAAUGAACAUACCGUACCUUUGGCCUGGCCAAGUGAACAGAAUGGGAGAGAAAAGUCUUUGCCAAUUGCUAAAGCUGUCAUGGCUUACUGGCUCUUUAAGGCUUUUGUUCUGCUACCUUGUCUUCAUGGUGCUUCUGCAGCGGCUAUCUAUGAUUGAGUUGAACAAUAACAGAUUUGGAAGGGACCUUGGAGGUCUUCUAGUCCAACCCUCCCUGCUCAAGCAGGAAACCCUAUACCAUUUCAGUCAAAUGGUUGUCCAAUCUCUUCUUUAAAAACCCUACUGUUGGAGCACCCACAACUUCUGGAGGCAAGCCUGAUUAAUAGUUGUAACUUCUCCUUAGUUCUAGGUUGGUUCUCUCCUUGAUUAGUUUCUAUCUAUUGGAAACUAAUAUUCUGUGACCAGCUUCCCAACGCAUUUGUAAUUGGUUAAGGAAUGGCUUCGAGAUGGGCUCCUGCUACAGAAAAAUCACACACAGAGCAUUGUGACUUUAAUGGAUGCACUUGUAUUAAAGGGUUAUAAUAAAAAUCCCAUAUUCCAAUAGAUCAUAAGUUGAAGGCCAAAGCACAAAUCUGAAAAUUGGUUAGUAUAGUGCAAGGGUAGGCAACCUUGGCUCUUUUAUGACUUUUGGACUUCAACUCCCAGAAUUCCUGAGCCAGCCAUGCUGGCUCAGGAAUUCUGGGAGUUGAAGUCCAAAAGUCAUAAAAGAGUCAAGGUUGCCUACCCCUUGUAUAGUGGUUAGUGUGCCAUUUCAUAUCAAUUCAUUUUCAGUAGGUUGUCAUAACAAUGUAUCCCAAUAGACUAUUUUAUCAUUCUUUGAGUUUGGAGGUUUGUUGUCCAAACUUCUUUAGACCAGCCCUUUUCAACUUGAUGUUCCUUAGUUGUGUGGAUUAUUGUUUUCAUCAUUCCUUGUCACAGGUUGUGCAGUUAUAUCCUUCAGAUGUGUGAGAGUACAAAGAUGGUUGGGAAAGCUUGCCCACAGUCCAUUGUGUCCACAUCACACAUUUUAACUAUGGUGCCACCACAACUCUUUUAAGUAAUUGUUAAUGAUGAUUUAUAAGUUAUCAGCUAGGUACAAUGGACAUUUUCUUUUUACAAAGAAACCUUCUCUUUUUUACCUUUGGCCAAGGCGGUAUCUUCCAAGACCAGAAAGCAUCCAAGAAUGUCUGUUUAUCAUGUCUUCAUACAUUGUAUACAGAUGACUCUGUUGACUGUCUUCAGUCUUACCUAAUCUUGUUCAUUCAGAUUGUGUAUAUUUCAUACUUGCAAUGAUCUCAAUAAAGAAAACUGGUUUUGAUGGUG